GCUAUAACGACACAUGUACACAGUUUCCACAAGCGGUAGUUUGGACGAGGACAAGGACGCUGUUGGUGACACUUUGGAAAAUUGCAGCCUGUGAAGCUUGCGGUCUGAUCAGAGAGCACCAUGAAUUUAAACAACUUUGUGGUACUUCCCAGCAAGCCCAAGUCAAUGAAGUUAAAUGUCAGGAAUCUCCGGGAACUGCGUAUGGAAACAGUGCAGCUGGAUCAACAUGCCAAGGAGAUGGAGAGCAGACUGGAGGAGCUCAGACAGUGUAUGAACCAGGAGAAAGAGGAGAGGGAGAAGAUGGGAGCUUCUCACUGGCGUUCAGCACAGCCCGGAGUUCAGAGCGUCAAGACAAACAAGGAGAACUCACCUCACAGACUCUCUCCAGGCAAGAUGAAGAUUAGAGUGCUGAAGGACGAGCCUGUACCAGCAGUACAGAAGCAGGUAAUAGCGGAACGAGUCGCCAAGGUACACGGCACUAACAGGAAGCUCAACCUGAGGGGAAAAGUCUGUGGACAGUGUGAAGUUCAGCUGGCCGGACUGACGUGUGCAGAAUGCGGAGAAGAUUAUUGUGUGGGCUGCUUCGUCAGAUUCCACCAGAAGGGGGCACUGAAGCGCCAUCGUAUGGUUCCCGUACAGGCAGAGCUCCAGACCCCUGUCAGCACUCGGGAUGUGUUGGGCCGCCUCCAGCAGCAGGUAAGCGGCGAGGAGAAUCAACAAGGAGCGUCCCCCAAAUCUGCUGAUGAAAGUAAAGCUACAGAGAAAAGAUCAACUCCUAGGAGCCUUUGGCCCACUUCUGAUAACAAUGUACACCACACACAGGUGUUGUUCAUGAAUGACGGUGUUGACUUGGAGGAUGAGGAGGCUGGUGAGGAAGAGGACAGCUCUCUGCAGAGAGGAGGCUUUGAUGAAGAAGAGUCAGCCAGGUCCUUCCAGGAGGCUCUGAAAGAGUGGAGAGAGGGAAGACAGAGACCAGUGUCCGUGAUGGAAACACAAACAGAGAAAGGAUCCCAGCCGUUAAUUUAUGUGGAGUUCAAGGAGGACACUUUGUGCUACAUGGAGAAACUCCUCUUGAAAAAGCACCGCAGAGGACAAAUUGAAGAAUUUCAGCCCCGGUCUGUUGUCCAACGCCGACCAGAACCACCCACACCUCCACCCGCAGAGACAGAUGAACUGAGCCGAAAACUGACAGCAGAGCGGAUGGAGUUGCAUAAAUACAUUACCUCUCUGUUCACGAUCCCUCCCGCUGAGGAUGCUGGGAAAGCGAACAGCCCUGCAGAACCCUGUUUAAGCAUCAUAGAGUUAGAUGAGAAGAUGGUUGGAGAUGCUACAUUUUACAGAUCCUUUGGAGUCAAGCAGAGAAACGAGAGCAAAAUGUUUGCAUCUGUAGGAAAUGAAGAUUUAUCUGAAGGAGGAGAUUUUGGAUAUUCGGUCUUGCCUUCCACACCGUAUUUCUCUGAGAUGACCAAAGGAUCCUUCAGUGAAUGUAAUUCUGACACAGAGAUCAGCUCUUCUUCUGAGAUGUGGCCCCAGUCUCAAGAGACCGACAAAUCUUCGCCAUCAUUGCCAAGAUCAGAAAGCUUUUCUCCACUUCAAACGAGGCUUCAGAAGUCACAGCACCUGUCGACUACCUCAGAGCCAUCUCUGUUGAAUUCACAAACAGGAAGCCAGAAAGUAGAACUCAGUGACUCUCCAAAACCGAGCCCACGGACGAGAUCUUCCGCAGCACAAUGGGAUAAACCCUCAGCGCUUCUGCCAACAUCAUCUCCUUCACUCCUAACACCCAAAUUAAAACAAACUCUCCCAGGCUUUGAGGACCAUAUUUCCACUGUCACCCCCUCUCCUGGUAGAGUGCCAUCUGUUAGGGCUUCUCAAUGUCAUCCUCCUGCUUUUCUCGUCUCUAAACAAAGUCCUAAACCUCCAGAUUCUCCAUCCCCAGGGUCUAGAUCAGCUUCCUCUCCAGUCAACCCAAUCCAGUCCAUACCUACUCAUUCAACACCUGUUUCUGAACCAAAAUUAGCUCAACUGUCUUCAGAAUUUGCUAUCACUUCCCAAAGCACUGCAGUUCCUUCAUUAAAUCCGUCACCUAGAGAAUCAUCACAGUCUGGAUUAGUCUCAGAUCGAAGCACCGUUCACCUCCAGUCUCCAAAUGGUUAA